CCGGAAAUAAACAUGGCUACAGAAGCUUUACGAGCAGAGAAUCCAGACUCAAUAGAAGCUUUAAGUCGCGAAGCUGAGGCUUUGAAAGCACGAUUAACCGAAGAAAAAGCAAAAUUAAAUGAUGUCGAUUCUUGUGUGAUUGGCCAAAGAUUGGAGAGUUUGCAAAAUUUCAAUAUUAAGCCACGAAGAACAUUAAAAGGACAUCAAGGAAAAGUGCUGUGUAUGGACUGGUCAUCUGAUAAAAGACACAUAGUUAGCUCCUCACAAGAUGGAAAAAUGUUAAUCUGGGAUGCUUUUACCACAAACAAGGAACAUGCAAUAACAAUGCCAACAACAUGGGUAAUGGCUUGUUCCUAUGGCCCAUCUGGAAAUGUUGUUGCUUGUGGUGGUCUUGACAACAAAUGUACACUCUACCCACUGAGUAUGGAUGAAGAUCCUGCUACCAAGAAAAAGGCUGUUGCAACACACACAAGUUACUUGUCCUGUUGUUCUUUUACUAGCUCAGAUCAUCAGAUUCUGACAGGAAGUGGAGACAGUACAUGUGCAUUGUGGGAUGUAGAAAAUGCUCAGCUUAUUCAAAGUUUCCAUGGCCAUGCAGGGGAUGUAAUGAGUAUUGAUCUUUCACCAACAGAGACUGGAAAUAUUUUUGUUUCAGGGGGCUGUGAUAAAGUGGCAAUGGUUUGGGAUAUGCGUACAGGAGACUGUGUGCAGGUCUUUGAUGGACAUGAGUCGGAUAUAAACAGUGUUAAGUUCUACCCAAGUGGGGACGCUUUUGCUACAGGUUCUGAUGAUGCUACAUGUCGUCUGUUUGAUCUGAGAGCUGAUAGAGAGGUGAAUUGCUACAAGAAAGACAGCAUUAUCUUUGGCUGUAAUGCAGUGGAUUUUUCAAUGAGUGGUCGUGUUUUAUUUGGUGGAUAUAAUGAUUAUACAGUAAAUGUGUGGGAUGCUUUGAAAGGAACCAGGAUCACAAUCCUCUAUUGCCAUGACAACCGUGUUAGCUGUCUUGGUGUGGCACCUGAUGGAACGUCUUUGUGCACUGGCAGCUGGGACUACACACUUAGGGUCUGGGCUUGAGUGUGCUAUGAAGAGAGAAAAUGAAUCAAGGUUGAAAGGUGUAACAUCAGUGUAGUUUAUUAAAGUAAAUUCCUUUAUUUUUGUAUGUAUAUUAAUUUAUUUUUUACUAGUGACCAGUAUUUGUACUUAAUAUUAUAAGUAUGAUAUCAGUAUACUAAAGUACAUGGGUUUCCAUUGUACUGCCAUUUACAAAGCUUUAGAAUGUUAAGCAUUUCAAAUUGAUAUUAUGUUUUGAUCUUCAGUAAGGAAAUGUAGUAUUAUUCUCUAGCAAAUCCAAAGUUAAGUUUCUUGGCAUUAAAUGAUGAUGUUGGAUUCAAGCAUUUGAUAAUGUCAGUUGACUGCAUAUUAAGUCAACUUAUCACUUAUCAUUCUGUUUCAUAUCAAAUUUUAUUUCAUGGACUCCAGUACAGGAUACAUUUAUUAUGUGACACAUAUAUGUUCACAAUAAAUAUUUAAUUGCAUUUUUAUGGAUUUAUUGUCUAGAAUGUUCAGUUUACUCACACCCUAUUUGGGAUUUAUAUAGUCUUUUUUCUAUUAUAAAGCAAAGCACAAUUCCUAAGGGACCAUUAAGUGCUUGGAACCGCUUUUAAAAAAAAAAUCUUUUGUCUAUUUCAAUCAUUUAUUUUUCUCUGAAACAAAAUUGUUAUUUUAUUAAAGAUCUUUCACAAAAUUACCUUUUUUUUAAAAAGAAUGAUACUUUCAAUGUGUGGAAGUUAUAAGAGCAGCUUCUUGUUGCAUACUAAAGUUAUAUUGACUGUCAUUUCACCCUCUGUUUGGCUGCAUUAUUAUGGCUGUGAUCUAAGUGUUGAACCCACUUCUCUAGUCUCUCGUUAAGUAUUUUAAUUUAUUUGUUAUUUUUACACCAAUUGAAUUCUGUAAUGAACAUUUUUAUAUUUUUAUUUGCUUCAACUAUUUUAUCUGUACAUAUUUUCUAUUUGUAAAUUAGUUCUAUGGUUCUUAUCUUUAUUUGUCAUGAGUAUUAACCUUAGCUUUUUGAAGGGACAAAAAGCUAUUUUAUGUGUUCAUCUUUUGGAAAAGCACUUUAUCUACAUCCAUAACAUUUUUAAUUCAGUAAAACACUACAUUUUAAUUGAAGAAUUGUAUUGUAAAAAACCAAAUCCAUUACAACAUUAGCUUUAAUAAAACAUUAAAGCUUUCAAAAUUUAAAUAAAAGAAAUAUUUUUUUGAUAAUAAUUUUUUGAAAUAUUUUUUAAUAAUAAUUUUUAAUACUCAAUUUAUUUGUAAAAUAUCAAAACUGAUUUUAGCUUUUAAAAUAAAAAGCUAGUGCUUUAUAAAUUCUGUUUCAUUGUCAAACAUUAAUGUAUACUCAGUUUGGUAUCUAGUCACAUUAGUAGUUAUACAUUACUUAUUUUAAAAUUUACUGAAAUGUUUUACACUAAUGUUUUAUUACCAACUGAGAUCUAAUAAAUGUUGUUUUGUAAUUGGUCAGCAACAUUGUUGUUGCAUUUUACAUAUUGCUAGGUUAAUCACAUUGUCAAAUAAACAGUGAGUUCCCUAA